AUGGAAUUAACCCAGGGAUGGAUGGAUGAUUCAGUCUCCGGACACCAGGGGGCAGUGUGAGCGUUUGGGUUUAACCAAACGUAUAAACGAAGGAGGAAAAACUGCACAUCAACAAAAACAUGGCUGACUGGAAUAGAGGUCAUGGCGCCGUGGAUGAUAUGCUGGACGCAGAAAACAAGCUUUUGGCAGAGAACCUGUCUUCAAAAGUCUCCAGACUGAAAUCCCUAGCAUACGAUAUUGACAAAGAAGCAGAAGAGCAGAAUUCAUAUUUGGAUGGCAUGGACUCCAACUUCCUGAGUGCUACUGGGCUCCUGACAGGAAGUGUGAAGAGGUUCUCCACUAUGGUUCGAUCUGGCAGGGACAACCGCAAGAUCCUCUGUUAUGUUUCUGUGGGACUGGUGCUAGUCUUCUUUCUCCUUUACUACCUGGUCACCAGGGCCCAGGCUUAAACAAAGGAAAACAGGAAAAGAACUGUAUUCAUUCCAUUGCAUACAAGGGGCUAUUUAACUUCUAGAUAAUAUGAGAAGUACCCUUCUCGGUGGAUUCUUGUCUUUCAUUAAAGUUCUUUUUAUGACUCAGAAAUUGCAUUCAACCCUCAGGAACAAUGCCCAGUGGGAAUAAGAAGAUUUUAGUCCACUGAGGAUUUGUUUUUUUUUUUUUUUUUUUUUUUUUUUUUACUGACUUGAGAGAAAUUCACGCUGAAUGCUGAGAAGGACUUGGUGUCUUGAGCUCUGACUUGCACAGUAGGAAAGGGCUGAGUCCAGCGGGUGUGAAGUGCCCACUUUAGUUGUGUUUAUUGAAGUGUCUUGCUAGUGGAAUGCAUGUUAAACCACCAGCAGUCCAGAAUGGUGCUUGUUUAUCAAAACCUGGUUGUGAAAUUUUAAUAUCCAGUUGCCAGGAGAGAACAGGGAGACUAGAGGCUAGUGCAGAUCAAUUAGGAUGUUGAAUUUGGGCAUGAAUAACAUGAUUGUGUAUAGAUAAUUGUAAUAGAUCUAUAUUUUUAUAAGUCCCAGACACUGUAUAUAUGGCCAUUUUAAAUCAUAUUGCAUUUCAGCUAUUUUAAAUAUAUACCCGAAUGUGCAGAAUGUUUCUGAUAUUUGAUUUGUAGGACCAAUUUGCUUUCAUUUAUUUCCUACAAACUGCAGUUGUGGUAAUUGUCUGUGUUUCAAUAUUCGAGGGUCAUGUAGCAUGAAGGAGGAAUCAGGCAGGCUUGUGCUCUGUCUCUGUUCUUGUCCUCAGUUAUUGGAGAGUAAUAUAUUUCUCUUUUCUCUCCUCUUCUUUUUGCACAAUGCCUUGUCACUAUUUAUUUGAUUGUGGCCAUUGAGGUUAUGGAAGAAUGCGGGAAGCGGAAAGCAUUAUGUUUAGUAUCAAUUUUCCAUGUCGUGUUUUUUUUUUUUGUAAUUUUGAUUCUUUCUUUUAACUGUCAGUCAUGCCAAACCAGUUUGUUGAUUUUCAUAAUUUUCUUGUGAGAUCCAUGUUCACUACUAAUGGUACAGUAAGAUAAUUUGUUGUAUUAAACUAUAAAACCACCAUCUGUGUGCUUUCAUCCUGGGUUAAUUUUAGCUGAUGGUGGAGGUUUGGUUCACUUUAGGAUUAAAAUACAAUCAUUGUGAGCAGCCUAGAGCCUAAUUUAUUACAGCUUUUGGAUUUACAGAUUAUUUGAUGGGUUUGUACCUUUGUUCCAUUUUCGAUAAAAAGUACAAAGGAUUUCUCUUCUACCUGUAAAUAUAUGAACACUUGACCAAUAACUGUGGAAUAAAACACAUAAUUAUA